ACAGGACUAUAGGGUGUUAUGUCAGCCACUUCCGCGGGCAAAAUUGCCGAAAAUGUCUUGGCACCUCCGAAGGCUUUCCGACAUCUUUUGGAACCAGAGCCCACAACUAUACAUUGACCUGCACCGGCGCUAUUGGUGGCAUUCCGUCUAUCCAAUCAAUUGCAUUUGGGUUCCUUGAGUCGCAGAAGUUCAGAGAGCACCGGAAACACCGUCAAUAUGCCCCCGAAAGGUGCCACGACUCGUCUCAACCCGGUCCGUCUGCAGACCAUCCCUCACCUUCGAGUCCGUCGUCCGAACCAGCAUGAGCAGAACCCCUGUGUGACAGUCAUGUCUUCGAUGCUGAGCUGCUGGGCGUCGGCUGGAUACACUGCGGAGGGAUGCGCAGCCCUUGAGCAGCAAUUGAGGCAAUGCAUGGAUGCACCUAAACCGAAGAGCAACAAGAAGAACACCAUCAACUACCACCUCAUGAGAAUGUACCCCAAGGUCGUCGGUCCCAAGAAGAGGGAGGGUACUCUUGGUUAAGAAUUCUUUGACUACAAUGUUUGUUGAUAUCCCGAAGCGUCGCGCAUCAUACCGGUUAUACGAUGGUAUCAAGCAAGGUUUUUAUAUUGGUUGUUGGGGGCCCCCGGGAUGGGUGAUGAGCGUGGAGGCUCUAGAUUGAGUCUUGACGGGCUCGGAAAGAAAUCUUUAUGUAUCUGGAGUUAUAGGCUUUUCGUUUACGGGUGGAUGUGAGCUUGUAUUACGGGCAUCCCCUUCUGUACAUUACAUGUGCUAUGUUAUAAAGAAAAGAACAUGUUUCAAU